AUGUCAAUAACUGGCCAUAAAAGCAAAUCAUCAUAUCGUAUAUAUUCAAGGCCAAGUGAACAACAAAAAAAAGAUGCCUUGUCUACAUUGAUUAGUGUUGUUGAUCUUCCGGAAUCUCAGGAUAAUGAUGGCGUUGAAGAUUUUUUCAAUAAAAAACAAGAUCUG